AUGGAGCUGGCAGAAACUGAACCAUUCACAGAGGAAUCGCUGUUCUCGUCGACGACGUUACUCUCCUGCAUCAAUGGAGUGCAUAUCUUGAGGUGCUCGUCGUGCACUGAUGGCGGUGGAAGAGGAAGAAGUGGGACCGAUGAAGUAGCGAAGGCCUAUCUAUAUAAAGAGUUAGCUGAGUCAGCGGAAGACAUUAUCCUAAGGAUAAAUGUUUUAAAAUAA